GAUUUCCGCGUCGAGUGGGGACGGCGCGAUGUGUUGUCGCUUUAGUUCUCCAUAUAGGCCAUGUCCGGCUGCAUACCCCAUCAUCGGCUGCAAGUGUGCAUGAUCUGUGCCUUGUUCUUUGUGAUCUGUCAGUUUGUGUUUCUCAUAGUUUUCCUGCGGAAUGGGGUCCUCGAGGAUACCAUCACUGGCAGACUGCUACUACAUCGAGGUACUGGCAAAGAGAAUCGUCUGUUCGGAUGGCGAGAGUUCAUUUCGCACACACACGAACAACCGGGGGCGAAUUACCAGUACAAUCUCCAGCUGAGUGAUACAGUGGGUGCAAUACGAAGCCUGCCCAGGACUCGACACGAAAGCUGUGAUUCCAAACGCACCUACAACCUGCCACACUCCUCUCGUGCCAAAGUGAGCGUGGUAAUCAGCUUCUACAACGAAGCCCGUUCCAUGCUUCUGAGAACGAUCAUAUCCCUAGUUAGCCGCACGCCGGAGGACUAUCUGCACGAGCUUAUCCUCAUAGAUGAUGCCAGUCAGGAUGUUUCUCUGCUGGAGGAGCUCCAGAAGCUGAUGGAAAAAAUGUAUGCCACCCGGGGUCGCCUGACGUUCAUAUUCCUUCGUAAUUUGCAGCGCCAGGGCAUGAUUUGGUCCCGCAAUAGGGGAGCCGAGGCGGCCAGCGGCCAUUACCUCCUCUUUCUGGACAGUCAUUGCGAGGUCAACGAGGACUGGCUGGAGCCUCUGCUGGGUCGACUGUCGCUGAACGCAACGCUGGCGGUCAGCCCGUUGCUUGACCACAUUGACCCCGCGACCUUGAGCUACAGAAGUGGCAACGACAUGGUCAAGGGUGGUUUCGACUGGAACCUGCAUUUCCACUGGCUGAGGCGCGAGCUGUCCGCGAAGGAGGCCCCAGAGCAGCCGUUCAAGAGUCCAGCCUUUUCCGGGGGCGUGCUGAUGAUCUCACGCGACUGGUUCCUUAAGCUGCGGUGCUUCAACCCAAACUUGAAGAUCUGGGGCGGCGAAUCCAUCGAGCUGGCCAUUAAAUUGUGGCUUUGCGGUGGACAAAUUGAGAUCGUGCCCUGCAGUCGAAUCGGACACAUCUUUCGCCCUCGACAUGCCUUCGACUUCCCGCCGCAGUUUAACCACGAAUCGAGCACCGCCCAUGCCACCUAUCUACACAAUUCAAAAAUCAUAGCCGACUCCUGGCUGGACGAGUACAAAAAUAUGUUCUACGUACUCAAGCCGGCGGCCAGGCAGAUUCCAUUGUUUCACACCAACCAGGACGAGGACUUGCUCCGACAGCUGAAGCUGGAGCUCCGGUGUCAUCGCUUCGAUUGGUAUCUGCGGCAUGUGAGCCCCGAACUAAAGGCGCACUUUAACGAGCUCUCGGCGAUGGGCACUCUGAAGAAUGGCUAUCGCUGUCUGCAUGCCAGACGCACGGACAAUGUGUCCCAGCUGGAAGUGAUCCUGGACAGCUGCUACCUCAACGACAUCACUCAGUGGAGACUCCUUCGCAAAAGCGGACAGCUGAGCACUGCAACGGAACGAUGCCUCGGAGUGGAGAGGGGCUCAAUGCCACCUCGACUCACCAUGACGCCCUGCAGCAGGCAUCAAAACAAGAUGAAGGCACAACGAUGGCUGCGACGGGGCACACAUCUGGUGCAUACCGGUACAUAUCUCUGCCUGGAUAAUCCGCUCAAGAAUCAAUUGGUGCUGAGCCCUUGCCGCUCCCUCGCAGCAUCGCAGUCGUUUCAAUUUGCAUUGGAAAUGGAGAAGCAAACAUAAACUUGGCUAAUGAUACCGAGA